GAGUGUUACGACGUCGUACUUCUCACCAAACAAGGAAAGAAAGCACACACUGUCGAGGACGGGCCAGUUUUGCCAGCUGUACUCAUCGUCAAACGGUGCCACCUAUAUAUAUAUAUCUGUACAUAUGUGGGUAUGAUCCUUGGCCUCUCAUAUAAAAAUCUGUUGCUUUCUUUCUUUCUUUCUUCUCUCUCCCAGCUUCCUCUCCACACUUUAGGUUUUUGCACUGGAGCACCGUUUUGAGACGCUUAGUUGCACGAGCGAAUUGUGUGGGGACUGUCGCUGUCCAACGUUGUUUCUUCUCUUUUCCUUUUGACAGUUUCUUUCUCCACCAUGCUCAUCAGCGGUGCCGAAGCGGCGCACCAGCCGCUAGCGCUCAGCGGCGCCGUGACGGACGACGGCCAAAGUGUGCGGCAGCCCAACUUGAACCUUACGGUGAACGGCGCCGGCUCGGAGGCCGCGACGACGAGCUUCCGAAAUAUCGGAACGGUCGGCGGCGGCACCAACUCCUCGCAGCGCCGCAGCAACCUCGUCCUCUUUGUGAAGUCGAACGACAACGAGUCGGACGGGCAGUCCCGUGGAGGGAACAACAACUCGAUGCCGUCGCAGCAGAGCGGUGGCGCGAACAGCUCCAAUAACUCGCUGGCAGGCAAAGAGGAUGGCGAGGAGGGAGAGCAGGAGGAUGCGCUGUCGCUUGCCGUCUCUACCGCAACCAGCGGCGCGUCCGCAGUGAUGAACGCGGUCGCCGGCGCCACUCGCAAGCCGCUGCUUACAGCAGCCAUCGUGCUGCUGUACUUCAUUUUAUUGGACAUCGUACUGCUGAAGGAGAACGAGCGACUGAACCGCAUUCUGCGCCGCGUCCGCGCCACCGACAACGACGCCCUCGUGUUGCUCUCCGCAAGCCUCGUUCGGCAGAGGAAGGAUGCCAAAAAGGAACUGCACGAAACCUUAGCAGGGAACGACGCGCCGGCGACGCUGGAGCGGUUGGAGAUGAUUCAGCACCGGGCCUUAGCGCUGGAGGGAGUCUGCAACCGCAGCAUUGCGCGGCUCCACAUGCAACUCAUGUUCCCCGGCUCGGUCGACGACCUUUCCUUUCUGAUUGAGGAGCAUGUUGCCUAUGAUGCGCAGCUGCAGCAACUUGCCGCGGACGAGCUGGAUUGGGUGCACACCGUCGUGUCGUCGUCGGUGGUGCGCAUGAGCGACAACGUCCCUGCGUGGCAGCGUUUCAGGCUCGGGUCGCGCGCGGCUGCCUUCGGGGCAUCCGCUGGCAGUGCUAGUGGCGACAACAAGGAGAGAGGGAGCUCCACGGGUGAGGACGGUGAGGAGUCGGAAGCUGAUACGGAGUCGAACCCGCUUCAAAAUGUGUAUCUUUUGCGAGCCAAGGAGCCUGCAGGUAGUAACGGCGCUGCUGCUGCUGCUGCUGCAGCGCGGAGAACAGCACGCAGUAAAAGCAAAGGAGCGCAGCGUGAGGAGGAGGAGACGGCGGCAGGAGAUGUUCUGUCGUUGUUUAAGAACAGAUUUUUUGCCUUUGUCCUCAUUUGCGUGCUCCUCGCUGCGGUGCUGCGGAUGGGGUGA